GGGGCUGGUCGGGGGACCUCAGCAGUCCAAAACUCAGGACUUGUUCACACACGGCGACCUUAUUCUGGUUGGGGUUAUGGCUGAUCUCCUCUGUAGUUCUGUUCUUCUUACGAACAGUACUUCUACAGCACAAAUGUCCGUUAGGGCCCGAGCUGUCCUUGAGAAAGGUAACAAAAUGCGAGUUCCGUUCGAGUUGAAGCGGGGGCAGUCUCGUCUCUUCCACGAGCUACCCUCAGGAUUAAACAUGGAGGUCAUCUUCCAGAGGGGUGCGGGAGCUGCAUACGCAGAUGAGAAUAAUAAGUCUGCUCAGAUUAAACCGCCUCUUGUGUUUGUCCAUGGAAGCUUUCAUGCAGCUUGGUGCUGGGCUGAACAUUGGUUGCCCUUCUUUUCACGAUCUGGGUAUGACUGCUAUGCACUUAGCUUGUUGGGUCAGGGUGAAAGUGAUGCACCUGCAAGUCCAGUUGCUGGUUCUCUCCAGACACAUGCAAGUAAUGUUGCUGAUUUCAUCCAGAAAAAUCUCAAGUUGCCACCAGUGCUGCUUGGACAUUCAUUUGGUGGGCUCAUUGUUCAGUAUUACAUUCCAAAUAUAAGGAACCAACAAUUUCUAGAAACAGAAAAUUCAUACCCAAAACUUGCAGGAGCUGUGCUUGUUUGCUCUGUACCUCCUUCAGGCAAUAGUGGUUUAGUGUGGCGUUAUCUUUUUUCAAAGCCUAUUGCUGCAUUUAAGGUCACGCUCAGCUUGGCAGUAAAAGCUUUUCAAACAUCUCUGCCUUUAUGCAAGGAAACAUUUUUCUCUGCAUCAAUGGAGGAUCAUCUGGUCAUACGUUACCAACAGUUUAUGACAGAAAGCUCAAGGAUGCCAUUGUUUGAUCUACGGAAGCUCAAUGCAUCACUUCCUGUUCCUUCAGCGCCAAAAUCGUCUAUUGAAGUUCUAGUCCUGGGUGCAAAUGAUGAUUUCAUAGUGGAUGCUGAAGGACUGGGUGAAACAGGCAGGUUCUAUGCCGUGCAACCAGUCUGUAUUGAAGGGGUUGCCCAUGACAUGAUGUUGGAUUGCUCAUGGGAAAAGGGUGCAGAUGUAAUCUUAUCAUGGGUUCGUGGUCUAAACAAACAGGACCCAAUAUGAUCAUGGGAAAAAUAAAUUGCCCUGGCUCACUGCAUCCUCAAUGGAUUUGGUUUUGGCGUUCAUAAAUGUUGCAUUGAAAUGUAUGUACCAAUUUCUUCCCUAUUGUUGCAAAUUUUGUGUUUUGCAGGUUGAUGUACUUGGAAAGCGAUGAUGAACAAAAUCAAUGGUUUUUUGGCCUUGGAAGAGAGUUGAGAACAAAUCUUAAGACGAACUCACAGAUAAGUCUUAGUUUUGCUGCUGGAUCAAAACUACGGAAGUUUGUUAUUCCUCGUAUCAUUAGAUAGAUUGGGUUGUGUAAUCAUAUAAUAUGUUAGGCAACGAAUUAUAAUUUGAUGCUUUAGGUGAUUUUUAAUUAAUAGUUAUCUGUUUAAGUUAAACUUUUCAAAA